UGAGUCAGGGGAACAAGGCAGUCCAGAGAUGGCGUAAACAGACUUGGCGUUUGGGGACCGGCUGGCAUCCUCUGCUGAUUUCUGAGAAGCGCUGUAAAUUCCUGCAACUUCUGUUAGGACAAGAUGUUUGUGUUUUCCUGGCGUUAUGACUCUCCUCCAUUUGCUGUCCUGGCUGAUGACUUGUGGCUGAGUUGCUGUCACAUAUUUCAUGGAAAGGCUGGUGGCGAAAACCCCGAGGGGGAGAAUCAGAAGUCCUGAGUUUGAAUCCUGGCUUUGUCCUCUGCUUGCUGAGUAACCUUGGGUCACAACAGAGCAUUGAGGAGAUUUCCCUGAGCUAUACAGCUGCCCCUCCAAGAGCAGAGGCAGCGAGAGGACGUGUGUGCACCGGUCCGCACGGGGAAGCGGUAGGGACGGAGCCCGGCACCACCUCCUGGUUCUCCCUCCAGGGAAACCAGGAAAACAAGAACUAGCAAGAGCUUGACAAACGCCUGGCUUUGAAUUGGAGACCAUUCACCUGCCUAUUGCUUCAUUCCUGGAAAUUUCAUUGCAACUAAGUAAGGAAAAAAAAUACCUGAAAGAAAGAAAACAAAGAAUAAAAUACCCCAGAAUUCCUAAAGAACAUUUCACCUGAACCUAAAAUGGUGAGCGAGAGUCAUCAUGAGGCCCUAGCUGCCCCGCCAAUCACCACUGCAGCGACUGUUCUACCAAAUAAUGCCACAGAGUCAGCCAGUCCUGGGGAAGGAAAGGAGGAUGGCUUUUCUAAGCUGAAGGAGAAGUUUAUGAAUGAGUUGCAUAAAAUUCCAUUGCCACCGUGGGCCUUAAUUGCCAUAGCCAUAGUCGCGGUCCUUUUAGUCCUGACCUGCUGCUUUUGUAUCUGUAAGAAAUGCCUGUUCAAAAAGAAAAACAAAAAGAAGGGAAAGGAAAAGGGAGGGAAGAAUGCCAUUAACAUGAAAGAUGUGAAAGACUUAGGGAAGACCAUGAAAGAUCAGGCCCUGAAGGAUGACGAUGCUGAAACUGGAUUGACUGACGGGGAAGAAAAAGAAGAACCCAAAGAAGAGGAGAAAUUGGGAAAACUUCAAUAUUCACUGGAUUAUGAUUUCCAGAAUAACCAGCUGCUGGUAGGAAUCAUCCAGGCUGCCGAGCUGCCCGCCUUAGACAUGGGGGGCACAUCUGAUCCCUAUGUGAAGGUGUUUCUGCUGCCAGAUAAAAAGAAGAAAUUUGAGACAAAAGUCCACCGAAAGACCCUUAAUCCUGUCUUCAACGAGCAAUUUACUUUCAAGGUGCCGUAUUCGGAAUUGGGUGGCAAAACUCUGGUGAUGGCUGUCUAUGAUUUUGAUCGUUUCUCCAAGCAUGACAUCAUUGGGGAAUUUAAAGUCCCCAUGAAUACAGUGGAUUUCGGUCACGUAACUGAGGAGUGGCGUGAUCUGCAAAGUGCAGAGAAGGAAGAGCAAGAGAAAUUGGGUGAUAUCUGCUUCUCCCUUCGCUACGUACCUACUGCUGGCAAACUGACUGUUGUCAUUCUUGAGGCAAAGAACCUGAAGAAGAUGGAUGUGGGUGGCUUGUCUGAUCCUUAUGUGAAGAUUCAUCUGAUGCAGAAUGGCAAGAGGCUGAAGAAGAAAAAGACAACAAUUAAAAAGAACACACUUAACCCCUACUACAAUGAGUCAUUCAGCUUUGAAGUACCCUUCGAGCAAAUCCAGAAAGUGCAAGUGGUGGUAACUGUUUUGGACUAUGACAAGAUUGGCAAGAACGAUGCCAUCGGCAAAGUCUUUGUGGGCUACAACAGCACUGGGGCGGAGCUGCGACAUUGGUCAGAUAUGCUGGCCAACCCCAGGCGACCCAUCGCCCAGUGGCACACCCUACAGGUAGAGGAGGAAGUUGACGCCAUGCUGGCCGUCAAGAAGUAAAGGGAAGAAGAAGCCUUUCUGCAUUUGCCCACUUAGUGCUCUUUAGCCAGUAUCUGUAAAUACCUCAGUAAUAUGGGUCCUUUCAUUUUUCCAGCCAUGCAUUCCUAACACAAUUCAGUGGUACUUCAAAUCCUGUUUUAAUUUGCACAGAUUUAAACGUAGAGAGCCCCUAAGCCCUUCGUCAUACCACUGCCCUCCAAAUCUACUCUUCUUUUAAGCAAUAUGAUGUGUAGAUAGAGCAUGACUGAAAUUAUUUAUUGUAUCCCACCGUUGUAUAUACCAGUAUGCUAAAGAUUUAUUUCUAGUUUGUGUAUUUGUAUGUUGUAAGCGUUUCCUAAUCUGUGUAUAUCUAGAUGUUUUUAAUAAGAUGUUCUAUUUUAAACUAUGUAAAUUGACUGAGAUA